AUGGCCGCCUCUCCAGCUCAGCCAGCCCUGUGGCAGCGCCUGCUGCCGCCCUGGGGCACCCCUGCCAGGUCCCAGGCCGGCAGCAGGAGCAGCCGGGGCGGGGCGCCGGCCGUGGCUCUCACCGCCGCCACGUGUGCCGCCGCCCCGCUGCUGCCAGGCAUCCCCGAAGACCGCCCCAGCCGGCGCAAGCGCCUCUUCUGCUUCGGCUUGCUAGCAUCCCUGGUGGUGGGGGUGGGGGUGGCCAGCGUGGUGCUGGGCAGCCAGCACAACAGCAGCGCCGCGGUCGCAAGCAGCGACAGCGCGGCCGCUGCCGGCGCGGCCGCCGCCGGCGACCAAGGCGGCGGCACCAGCAGCGGCGGCACCAGCAGCGGCAGCAGCACGGAGCAGAGCGGCGGCGGAGGAGGCGAGGGCGAGGAGGCAGGCGGCGAAGGAAGCGGCGGCCAGGGCGGCGAGCAGGAGGGCAGCACCGAGAGCGAGGGCGGGAUUGACGAGGGUGGCGACGAUGGCGGCGGCGGCGGGCAGGAAGCCGCGGCGCCGGCCGCCAGCGAGCAGGGCCUCGCCGAGGGCGGCGGCGUGCCCGCUCCCACCACCGAAUGGGCUGGCGCCAGCCCGUGGGAUGGCUCCGGCAGCGACGCCUGGGACAGCGGCGAGGAGGAGGAGGAGGGCAAGGGGGAGGCGCCAGCCACAGAGAAAGGGGAGGGAGAGGCCGGAGCGGCACCCAGCGAAGAGGGCAGCACGGCGGGCGGCAAAGCGGGCUACACCCUCCGCUUCCUGGCGGUCGGCGACUGGGGGCGCCAGGGCGGCUCCAACCAGAGUGAGGUGGCGGAGUUGAUGGGGAGGGUGGCGGCCGCCGACCCUCCAGCCCAGUUUGUGAUCAGCACAGGCGACAACUUUUACGAGCACGGCCUGCAGUGCCUUGGUACGCGGUCCUCGGUGAGCAACCACGACUAUUGCGACUCCGCGCCCAACUGCUCCCGCGGCAUGCCCAGGUGCAAGUACUCGCCUCUGCACCAGAUGAACCUGGCGCUGGCCAGCCGCGAGAGCAGCCGGCGGUGGCACCUUAAGCGCACCUACACAGAGUCCUUUGCCGACGGGAAGGUCCAGCUGUUCUUCGUUGAUACCUCACCCUUCAUCCUGCGGUACUACGACAAGAGCAACAGCUGGAGCCGGUGCACGGGCGGCCUGUGGACGCAGUCGUGGGAGGAGCAGCUGCUGCUGCUGGAGCAAGAGCUGGCGGCAUCCAUGGCAGACUGGAAGCUGGCUGUGGGGCACCACCCCACGUAUUCCAACGGCCACCACGGCAACAACAGCGAGGUCAUCGCACACCUGCAGCCGCUGUUUACGAAGUACGGGGUGCAGGCCUACCUGUGCGGGCACGACCACAACCUGGAGCACCUGGCCGUCCAAGGCUACAACGUCAUCGUGUCGGGCGGCGGCAGCGAGUCGGGGCGCGAGAAGGUCGGCUCCGCCUUUUCCCACUACUACUACCCCUACUCGGGCUUUGUGUCGCUGCUGGUGGACCCUGAGGAGAUGGUGGUGAAGUUUUACACGCUGGAGGAUGAUGACCUGCCUGCGCACACCACCCUCAUCACGCGGGCCGGCGACUCGAUGCGGCGGCCGUGA